GAAGUCGAACUUAGCAAGGUCAAAAAAAUGCCAAAGUAAAAUGCAAAAUAAUGCGGCUUGAAACACAGGUUGUCGUCGUAGUGAGUCCACAGCGGUAGAGCUGGUGGUACGCGUACUAACCCUAGAUAAUGUGGUUGGAGCCUUGGUGGUAGACAAGCGAGUGGUAUUCGCAAUCCUACUUGUGUUAGUAGCCCUAGGGAAUGUUGUUGGAAUGUUAGUACUGGACGAGCUAGUGGAAUACGCAAUUCUAGUUGUUUUAGUACAAGGAAGUGUGGUUAUAGCGGUAGUAGUGGAUGAGCGAGUAGUAUUCGCAAUCCUAGUGUUAACAUUAGGGGAUGUGGAAGGACCUUUAGUGGUGGACAAACGAGUGGUAUCCAGAUUUUUAGUUGUUUUAGCACUAGGGAGCAUGGUUGGUUGCUUUGUAGUGAUUAAUUGA